CGACGAUCCGCGGAGGAGCGAGGAUCGCCUUAGCCGCGGCGACGACGGCAAUUUCUCCUCCAUCGUCAGUUAACGUUCGCGUUCCGAUUGGAGAAAGACGCUCCUGCUGCUGGCUGAUAGCUGUUGAAUAAUGCACUUGGAGUCGAUGUGAGUGAACCUGGUGAUUGUGAAAUAGUAAUAAUAAGUGAUGAUGGUGUGCCGCAAGGAUUAUGUCUUCCUGCUUAAGUCGCUGUCCGACUUCUUCUAAAGGCAAUGAACAAACCCGAUCCGGGUCAAAAAAAGUCUAAAUAUCCGAACGCAGAGAGCCGAAUCAAGUACAAAACAGACAUAAUUGUCAGACCUAAGCUCAAAGAACUUUUCACGCCACUCUACAACACCACACCAGUCGAAAAAUACAGCUGGAGGCCGUCCAGCGAUAAGAAAUCAGAACCCAACUAUUAUUUUAAAAUUGCCGAACACCACAAGAACCAAAUCUCGUUCGGGAAGAACAAAAGCGAAGCAGACUGGAAGAAUUCGGACGAAAGUCAGAACCAUUAUCAUCAGAGUUCAUCUAAAAGUCAGUUCGAGUAUAUCAAUAAUAACCUAUGCAUCAAGUCUUGCAUUGGCAACCGGGAGGUGUUGAGGUUUCAGAUGAAGAAAGUGAGUUUCAGGAAUUAUACGCCGAAGAUAUUGAAUCAGGAGAUUAAUAUGGGUAUGUGGAUAUGAUACUAUGGAAGAAGAUAGAAGAAAUAGAGUUAAGUUACCGAUUCAGUGCCAAAUAUAGUCAUUAAUUAGUAUAGAAGACUCUUGUAAAAUAGGUAUUUAAGUAUUUAAUUCUUUUCCAAAAUGGCGAUGUUAUUAGCGAUAGGCCAAGUGGCAAAUUUGGCAAUUGGACUGACUUCAAAUCCGCUGGCGAUUCUGGGACUAGUACCUGUUUUUGCAGCGGGAUUGGCGUUUAUGAGGUACAUUUCGAUGGAUCCCGAGGUACAUCCCAGGAACACAUUAAACGUUAGGCCGGAUUACGACUUCAUAGUAAUCGGAGGCGGCUCUGCCGGUGCGGUGGUGGCUUCCAGGUUAUCAGAAAUCUCCAAUUGGACCGUAUUGUUGAUAGAAGCAGGAGGAGAUGAAAACGAGAUAUCGGACAUACCCUCUCUUAGCGGGUAUCUUCAAAUGUCGCAGAUGGAUUGGAUGUAUCAAACUUCGCCGCCAGGUGAUUCUCCGUAUUGUUUGGCGAUGAUUGGGGAUAGAUGCAAUUGGCCAAGGGGUAAAGUUUUGGGUGGAUCAAGUGUUCUCAACGCGAUGAUUUACAUCAGAGGAAAUCGACGAGACUACGACUAUUGGGAACAACAGGGUAAUCCAGGAUGGUCUUACGACGACGUGCUGCCAUAUUUCCUUAAAUCGGAGGAUAAUAGAAAUCCGUACUUGGUCAAAACGCCAUACCACCAGGAAGGUGGAUAUUUGACGGUGCAGGAAGCUCCUUGGAGAACUCCACUAUCUAUAGCCUUCCUUCAGGCUGGAAGGGAGCUGGGAUACCAAAUACGGGACUGCAACGGCGAGAUACAAACCGGGUUCAUGCUUUCGCAAGGUACAAUACGAAGAGGUUCUAGAUGUUCAACUGCUAAGGCAUUCCUCAGGCCAGUACGCAGAAGAGAAAAUCUACACAUCGCCAUGUAUUCUCAAGUAACGAAAAUCAAAAUAAAUCGGAAAACGAAAGAAGCUUACGGCGUGAGGAUGGUCCGUAAUGGUAGACCUCAAACGGUCAGGGCGAGAAGAGAAGUCAUAGUAAGCGCAGGUGCGAUUGGCGGCCCCCAACUCCUAAUGCUUUCUGGUGUAGGGCCGAAAGAUCACUUGGAAUCUUUUGGAAUACCAGUAUUAAGCGAUUUGAAAGUUGGACAUAACCUUCAGGACCAUGUAGGAUUGGGUGGAUUAACUUUCGUGAUAGACGAUCCCAUUAGUUUCACCAAGAAACGUUACCAAACAUUACAAGUGGCUAUGGAAUACAUCAUUAACGAGAAGGGACCGAUGUCUUCACUUGGAGGAGUGGAGGGUUUGGCCUUCGUCAACACGAAAUACGCCCCAAAAUCCGGUCUAUGGCCCGACGUCCAAUUCCACUUCGCGCCCAGCAGCAUUAAUUCCGAUCCAGAACAAAUAAGAAAAAUCAGCGGUAUGAGGGACAGCGUCUAUAAUACGGUCUAUAAACCCUUAAAAGAUGCAGACACCUGGACGAUUUUGCCUCUACUGCUCAGACCGAGAAGCACCGGAUGGGUGAAAUUGAAAUCUAAGGAUCCGAUGGUUUAUCCUGAUAUCAAUCCCAAUUAUUUCACGCAUAAGGAGGAUAUACAGACGUUGACUGAGGGAAUAAGGAUAGCGCUGAAUGUGUCUGCUACCAAAGCUUUCCAAAGGUUUAAUUCCAGGCCGCAUGAAUUACCUUUUCCAGGUUGCAGGCAAUACGCAUUCGACACAGACGAAUUUUGGGAAUGCUCCAUCCGUCAUUUUACUUUCACAAUCUAUCAUCCCACAUCUACGUGUAAAAUGGGACCAUCCACGGAUCCAGAUGCGGUGGUCGACCACAGAUUAAAUGUCUAUGGCAUUAAAAAUCUACGAGUCAUUGACGCUUCUAUUAUGCCAAAUAUUGUAAGCGGGAAUACGAACGCCCCCACUAUUAUGAUAGGGGAGAAAGGGGCGGAUAUGAUUAAAGAAGAUUGGGGCGUCAAAGAUAGGUAGCAUACGUGAAAAAAAAAAUAAGUCGUGUUUUGCAAUAUGCGAAUUUUAUUUCAUGAAUCUUGUUAUUUAUAAUAAAAUUUGUGAGGCAGUAGCGAAACUAUUUUUCUAAAUAAUUCUAUUAUUAUUUAUAAAUUAUUAUAUAUUUUAUAUUAAAUAGAAAAAGUAGUUUGGUCUACCCACAGAAUUUUCUAAAACUAGUCAAUGUACAUACAGUACGGUCAUAAAUUGUCGGUCUUACCCACUUUAAAAUGCUAAAUUCAUGUAUUAAUAAAAAACAAUUCGGGUUUAUUUAAAAUUAAAGGACAUUUUGACUAUAGCAGCACGAAUUUAUCUCCAAUAGCAAGUGGAAUCUUGUAAUAUAUCAUUUAAGAGGUAAUUUGAAUGCAAGUAAAAAUUUACGAACGCACUGUAUGUAUAAAAAUGUGUUUGUUUUGUUUUAAGACAUCUUGAAUUGUAUUAAAUAAAACAAUACUCGAAUAUUUUAAAAAUUUUAUUUAUUAUUUUUUUUAAUUCCAUGUAAAUAAUGUAUAAUAGUUUUUAUUAUAAGUUUAUUAAAGGUGACGUAAAUGAAAUAAACAUUGUAUUAUUUUUCAUUAAUCUAUUAAUAUUGUAAGGGUUUUUUCUCGCCACAGAGAAAACGGUUCCUUACGAAUGACGCUGGUUACGGGCGGUUCUCGAGCGCCAGAUUUUUGAUGAUGGUUUGCUCCACAAACUUUCGAAACGGCGUCGAAAGUACUCGGGUAGCUACAGAUGGAGAUAAAAAAUUCCAGGGGUCAAAGGUCACUUACACACAGGUAAUAGUAGGCCACAAGUAACGGGUUUUAAUCGUUGCUUGGGCUCGUACGAAAUUUAUCACUAGCUGAAAUAUAAGAGGGAAAUAAAGUAGGGA